AUGUCUAGUGACUGUCAACCAGGAGACAUGUCUAGUGACUGUCAACCAGGAGACAUGUCUAGUGACUGUGACCCAGGAGACAUGUCUAGUGACUGUGACCCAGGAGACAUGUCUCGUGACUGUGACCCAGGAGACAUGUCUAGUGACUGUGACCCAGGAGACAUGUCUCGUGACUGUGACCCAGGAGACAUGUCUCGUGACUGUGACCCAGGAGACAUGUCUCAUGACUGUGACCCAGGAGACAUGUCUAGUGACUGUGACCCAGGAGACAUGUCUAUUGACUGUGACCCAGGAGACAUGUCUCAUGACUGUGACCCAGGAGACAUGUCUAGUGACUGUGACCCAGGAGACAUGUCUUGUGACUGUGACCCAGGAGACAUGUCUUGUGACUGUGACCCAGGAGACAUGUCUAUUGACUACAUGUCUCGUGACUGUGACCCAGGAGACAUGUCUCGUGACUGUGACCCAGGAGACAUGUCUCGUGACUAUGACCCAGGAGACAUGUCUCGUGACUGUGACCCAGGAGACAUGUCUCGUGACUGUGACCCAGGAGACAUGUCUCGUGACUGUGACCCAGGAGACAUGUCUCGUGACUGUGACCCAGGAGACAUGUCUCGUGACUGUGACCCAGGAGACAUGUCUCGUGACUGUGACCCAGGAGACAUGUCUCGUGACUGUGACCCAGGAGACAUGUCUCGUGACUGUGACCCAGGAGACAUGUCUCGUGACUGUGACCCAGGAGACAUGUCUCGUGACUGUGACCCAGGAGACAUGUCUCGUGACUGUGACCCAGGAGACAUGUCUAGUGACUGUGACCCAGGAGACAUGUCUCGUGACUGUGACCCAGGAGACAUGUCUCGUGACUGUGACCCAGGAGACAUGUCUAGUGACUGUGACCCAGGAGACAUGUCUCGUGACUGUGACCCAGGAGACAUGUCUCGUGACUGUGACCCAGGAGACAUGUCUCGUGACUGUGACCCAGGAGACAUGUCUCGUGACUGUGACCCAGGAGACAUGUCUCGUGACUGUGACCCAGGAGACAUGUCUCGUGACUGUGACCCAGGAGACAUGUCUCGUGACUGUGACCCAGGAGACAUGUCUCGUGACUGUGACCCAGGAGACAUGUCUCGUGACUGUGACCCAGGAGACAUGUCUAGUGACUGUGACCCAGGAGACAUGUCUCGUGACUGUGACCCAGGAGACAUGUCUAGUGACUGUGACCCAGGAGACAUGUCUCGUGACUGUGACCCAGGAGACAUGUCUCGUGACUGUGACCCAGGAGACAUGUCUCGUGACUGUGACCCAGGAGACAUGUCUCGUGACUGUGACCCAGGAGACAUGUCUCGUGACUGUGACCCAGGAGACAUGUCUAGUGACUGUGACCCAGGAGACAUGUCUCGUGACUGUGACCCAGGAGACAUGUCUCGUGACUGUGACCCAGGAGACAUGUCUCGUGACUGUGACCCAGGAGACAUGUCUAGUGACUGUGACCCAGGAGACAUGUCUCGUGACUGUGACCCAGGAGACAUGUCUCGUGACUGUGACCCAGGAGACAUGUCUCGUGACUGUGACCCAGGAGACAUGUCUCGUGACUGUGACCCAGGAGACAUGUCUCGUGACUGUGACCCAGGAGACAUGUCUCGUGACUGUGACCCAGGAGACAUGUCUCGUGACUGUGACCCAGGAGACAUGUCUCGUGACUGUGACCCAGGAGACAUGUCUAGUGACUGUGACCCAGGAGACAUGUCUCGUGACUGUGACCCAGGAGACAUGUCUCGUGACUGUGACCCAGGAGACAUGUCUAGUGACUGUGACCCAGGAGACAUGUCUCGUGACUGUGACCCAGGAGACAUGUCUCGUGACUGUGACCCAGGAGACAUGUCUCGUGACUGUGACCCAGGAGACAUGUCUCGUGACUGUGACCCAGGAGACAUGUCUCGUGACUGUGACCCAGGAGACAUGUCUCGUGACUGUGACCCAGGAGACAUGUCUCGUGACUGUGACCCAGGAGACAUGUCUCGUGACUGUGACCCAGGAGACAUUGACAGAAAAUAA